CCGCAUAAACCAGAACAGUGCUCAAAGAGUUACGUUGGAUUGAUUUUCACAAGCAGCGAGGGUGUGUCCCUUUUCAGUGCCACAUCCUAAAAAAAACUAACCUUGCGUUUUUAAAUUACAAAAAAAAAAAAAAAAAAAAAAAAUCUGUAUCAAUAAAAAUAGUUUUGUAUAUAAAAAAAACAUUUCAGGGGCCUUAAAAAUCAUUAACAGACAAGUAAACUCACAGGACUGAAUUGCACUCAGCUGAAUACACAUACACCCCGGAUGCAUGAUUAUACUGGUCGGUAAAGUGUUAAGACGGUUGCGAGGGAAAACUCUUGAAGUCUGCAGCAAGGUAAUUUCAUUCUUCAAGCCGCUUCUUGCUCAGAGUACUGAGUGAAUGGACAGGAUCUGCACGUCUGUCAGUGCGAGCACGUUUCACUCUGCAGUAGCUUAGCUCUUCAGAGCAGUUCCCGAAAUAGGCUUCGCACAGCUGUGUCUAUCUUGAGACGGGGUAGUGACUAGAAAUAGCGUCGGGGAUCUCUUAACCUGGUGGAUUUAAACAGGAUUGCGGUGUCUGCUCUCCGUGUGGUACCACCUUUUUCUCAAACCUGACAGUUUACCGGAUUAAUGUCGAUCUCAUUAAAUCAAAUAGACUAUGCAUCUGGCGGACGCCGCGCUAUAGAACUGUCCAAGGUGCUGAAAUGCUAAAACCGCCGGUUUCUGCGGCAGACAGUUCUGACUGGUGUACUGUGUUGCUGUUUUGAAAUGCAAAGCAGAUAGACGGGGCAUGGACAAUCGAACUGGAAUGUAAAAUACAUUAUUACAUAAAUGCACUAAUAAAUAAAUAAAUAAAUAAAUAUAUCUCGGAGUAAAUGGGAUUUCACGUUUUUGAAGCAGCAUGUAAAAAUUGUCUCAAGAAUGGAGCAUUUUUCUUUGUCGGCUGUGCUUCUAAUUCUCAGCUGUGGUAGUGUUUGCUUGGUGGAAGCGGACAGCCCGACGGCUCCCGUCAAUGUCACGAUCAAACAUCUGAAGGCAAACUCUGCCGAGGUGUCAUGGGACACUCUGGACGCGGACAUUGUCAUCGGCUUCGCAAUCUCACAGCAGAAGAAGGACAUGCUGCGCUUCAUUCAGGAGGUGAACACCACCACACGGUCCUGCACUCUGUGGGAUCUGGAGCAGGACACUGAGUACCUCGUCCAUGUCCAGUCCAUCAGUCUGAGAGGGACCAGCCCGGCCAGCGACCCCGUGCUCUUCAGGACGCUGAAGGAAGCAGAGAAGCAGCAAUCCAAGAGCAAAGAUGAGGUGACGAUGCUGGAGGUUGGAAACAGCACACAGCUGCGAGCGGGAGAAAUGAUUAUCAUCGUAGUGGUUUUAAUCAUGUGGGCAGGUGUGAUUGUCCUGUUCUGCAGGCAAUAUGACAUCAUCAAAGACAAUGAACCAAACAACAACAAGGAUAAAGUCAAGAACUCAGAGUCCGAGUGCAGCACACCAGAGCAUCCGACUGGGGGGCUGCUGAGGAGCAAGGUAUAGGCUACCCCACGCUUCAGGGCAGUUCCCUUAAAACAAUAAGCCAUCCGUGAACAUCAUCAAAGCCUAACAAGAAGGUGUUUGCCCAGCAGGCACAGCAGCAGAACAGAGACAGAGAAGCUUCGCCCUGGGAAUUGCCCUGUCCAGAAGUUUACAAGAGAAGGAAGCAGCAGGAAGGGUGUAGCGGGUGGAGCAGAGACGUCUACAUUGGUGUGACCCCUUAAUAGUUUUAAUUAAGUCCCGCUUUAAUCAAGAGGAAAUCAAAAGCCUACAUGAACUCGCAUUCAGUACACCUCAUAGUGUGUGGAACAAAAACUGCCAACAUUCAUCAUUAGCAUUGCUAUUCAAAACACUAUACUUGAUUAUUUAUUGUCUAAUUCUAACAGUAUCAUGAUUGCUAAGCUCCAGACAAGCAAGGGAUUCUGAGAAGACCACUUGACAAGUCUGCUUCUGAUGCUUAUGAAGAGAACAAAGCCUCUUAACAAGUCUGCUUCUGAUUGGUUCUGAUGCUUGCGAAGAGAACAUUUUCUGGACGCCUAGUUAAUCGAUAGCAACCGCAGCUGUCAGGACCUUCAGGGUACUAACACAGUUUGAGAAAACCUGCUUUCACUUGGGCUUGCUUUUUAUAUCCUACAGGACUCUCCGGAUUCAUACUUUUACACAUUUUGUUAUAAGCAUUAUUAAUCAGUGUUUUUGUGGGGGUUUUUUUUUAAAUUGCAUUUCAAAGAAAUCUUUCAAGUAUUUGUCAGUAUGUUUUUUUUUUAUCUGUAAAAAAAAUGAAAAAAAAAACUCUCCAGCACUUAAGAGUUAAUUCUCUUGAAAAGCACAGACAUUGACAGUAUUUGCAGCCUGUUAUCCUUAAACCUCAUUGUUAUUACCAUUAUUAAUAUUACUAUUUUAAAAAAAGAUGCCUGAUGGUUUGAUGAAAAUCUUGAUUUUAAAAAUCCUGGAUGAUCAUUUGCGGUCUCUCGUCAUCAUUUUUGAACAGCGUUUAGCUAAAUAUUACAACAAGGUGCCUUGAUUUUUCAGGCAUCUAGGUUCUACUCUUCUGUCUUUAAGCAGGUUGAGAUUCGUAAUACUGGUAACAUGAGUAAGUCUGCUUCAUUUGGCCUCAGCACACUGCACUCAGGUGUCUGCAGGCCACUGUUUUCUUUGAGGUUUCCUCUGGGGAAACCUGUACGUUUGAUUUCACUUCUAAGACUGAAUAAAAAGCCCUUGCUGUUCUACAUGUCUGCAAUAAGUGGUAAUUUCUGCAGGAAUUCUGAGAAUAGGUUUUACCCAAUAUACAGUAACCCUCAGGCUAAUGACCUAAAGCAUGGACUACAGGAAACUGUUUAAAUUAAAAAAAAAAAAAAAAACUAAA